AUGGCGGACGAACAGUAUCUGCUGGAGGAUCUUGAGGAUGAAGGCGAGGAAGUGGAUUACGACGACUUCAACCUCGACGAUGAGGAUUUUGAUGAAGCAGCACUAGGUGACGAAGACCUCGAGGCGGAUGGAAAUAACGGUAUGGGCAUGCCUCGACCGGGGCCUGGCAUGCCUGGCUUGCCAAUGCCGCCGGGCAUGCUGCUACCAGGACAGAUGAUGGGCGCACGGCCAAUGCAGAUGAUGCCGCGGCCCAUCCCCAUGGCCGCAGGGCAGCCGCGACCCCCACCAGGCCGGGGCCCUGCCCCCCCACUCCAUUCCCAGGAACGCCAGAGAGGAGGGAGGCACGCUCCAAUUCCAGCGCCGCAGCCGCCGCCGAGGGAGCCAGUGCGCUGGCAGGAGCCUCCUGGGAGCAGGGCACCGCCGCAGAUGGGAGGGGAUGCCGGCCAGCGGCGCAUGCAGGGCGGCCCAGAUCACCCAGCCGGCCCUGCUGGGCUGCCCAUGCCCCCCAACAUGACGCACCUCAUGUUCCAGGGCCCGCACCCGCAGGCCCCGCCUCCUGGGGGCUUUGGCGGACGCCAAGAUCAGCGCAGCCCCGGCGUGAGUCAGCCGCCCAAUGGAAACGUGGCGCGGCCUGCGCCACCGGCGGCUGGCAGGCGCGGCGGUGCCGGUGACUUCAACCUUGCGCUGGGCAUGGACGCCAGCGCCUCUGUCAGGAAUGGCGGCGGCCUGGGUGCGAAGCCGCACGUGAGCGUGCCGCAGCGGCUGCAGGGGCGUCUGGAGGACCCAGCGCCGCUGCUGGGCCUGCUGCGGCCCAGGGACAUGGCCGAGGAGCUGCGCCAGAAGGAGGAGCGGCAGGAGGCCGAGCGAGCCAAGGCCCGCGCCAGUAAAGCCCAGGAAAAGAAGAAGGCCGAGGAGCUGAAGGCCAAGAGGCUGGAGAUGGCAAAGCUGCAGAUUGCGCUGCAGCGGGCCGAGAAUGUGAGGAACCAGCAGCUGCUGGCUGGCGUGGUGGCCGCGGAUGAGCGUCUCCGGAAGCAGCGCGAGGCCGAAGAGUUUGAGGCCAUGAAGGCGCGCGUCAUGCAGCUCGAGAAGCUUGUCGCCGCCGCCGCUGCCCCUCCCGCCAGCGCCCCUGUCGCCGCGCCCAAGGCUGCUGCAUCGGCGCCCAGUGUUGCUCCAGCGGAGCCGGCACCAAAGGCCCAGCCGCAGAAGGAAGAAGAGGCGGCGGGCGCAGAUCCAGGCCUGCAGGUGGACUUUGACGAAGAUGAGGAAGACGACAACGCUGCGCAGGCCGCACCCCAGCAGCCUGCCAGACUGCCCAUAGCUGCCCGGCUUGGCUCCAAGGAAGUCAAGACGGUACCCCACAGCAGAAGUAUCCGCUCUCAAGUGAGCUCCCAAGUGAGGAUUGACCAGAUUGAGCGACCCAUCAAGGAGAAGAGGCGGCCGCAGCGGAGUUCCCCGGCUGCAGAGGACAUGGAUGCUGACGAGGCGUCGCCCAGGGAGGGUUUUACUGAUCUGCGCGAGUUUUUGUCACGCAAGAAACGCACUCGGGAAGAGGGCACCGCGGAUGACAGCCGGCCGCGCGCUCAGGCGAAGGCUGCCGCCGGCCUCAGGACAUCAGGUCACCGGUGA